AGUGUUUUCCACGGUCAAACCUCCCCUUGUGAGCUUCCUGGAAGCCCCCAAAUCCAAUGACAAAGCAAACCUUGUUCAAUACGUGAUCAUCUUCCCUUCCUCUUCUUCUUAACCACAAUCCAAUCUUUCAUCUUCAUCCUGAUUUCUCUAUUUCUCUCUAAAAUAUUGAAAGUUGUCGGCUCUUUUCUUUUUUCCUUUUCAUUGUUGUUUGUAUUUAUGCCAUGGCGUUUUCUUCUGGGAGCUUAGAUACAUCUGCAAAUUCCCAUCCUUCAAGUUUCAGUUUCUCCACACAUUCCUGCAUGACCAACUCCUUCUCUGACCUUCUUGCAUCUGGUGCCGAUGAUGAAUCUCUUAAUACCAAGAUUGAGAAUCAUCGGCGUGGGUUGUCAGAUCGAAUUGCUGAGAGAACAGGGUCAGGUGUACCUAAGUUCAAGUCUCUUCCACCUCCUUCUUUGCCCAUCUCUCCUCCUGCUGUUUCUCCUUCUUCUUACUUUGCUAUUCCUCCCGGUUUAAGCCCCACUGAGCUUCUGGAUUCUCCAGUAUUGUUGAACACUUCCAACAUUUUGCCAUCUCCAACUACUGGAACAUUCCCGGCUCAAGCUGCCAAGUGGAACACAAAUUCUGGUCGAAACCAGCAAAAUGUCAAGCAAGAGGACCCGAACUUUUCUGAUUUCUCUUUCCAGCCACCGACAAGGCCCCCCACAUCCUCAUCUACAAUGUUUCAAUCUUCAAACACCACGAUUCAAACUGAACAGCAACAAGGAUGGAGUUUCCAAGAAUCUGUCAAGCAAGAUGAUUUUGCUAGUGGGAAGAGUACGCAGAGCUUCUCCCCAGAGAUUGCUGCGAUUCAAACAAACGCUCAAAGCAACAAUGGAUUCCAGUCAGAUUAUGGCGGUGGUCAAAAACAGCAAUAUCAGUCGGCUAGAGACCAGAGAAGAUCAGAAGAUGGUUACAAUUGGAGAAAAUAUGGACAAAAGCAAGUUAAAGGAAGUGAAAAUCCAAGAAGUUAUUACAAGUGCACGUACCCCAAUUGCCCAACAAAGAAGAAAGUUGAAAGGUCUUUGGAUGGACAAAUAACUGAGAUAGUUUACAAGGGUAGCCACAACCAUCCUAAACCUCAAUCUACUAGGAGAUCAUCUUCUUCAUCAUCAUCAGUUUCCAAUCAAGCAAUUAUAGCUCCUAAUCCUGCAUCAAAUGAGAUGCAAGAUCAAUCACUUGUCAUCCAUGGCAGUGGACAGAUGGACUCUGUUGCAACACCUGAGAAUUCUUCAAUAUCCAUAGGGGACGAUGAUUUUGAUUCACAGAAGAGUAAAUCUAGAAGCGAUGACUUUGAUGAAGAUGAACCAGAGGCCAAAAGAUGGAAAAUAGAAGGUGAAAAUGAAGGAAUUUCAGCACCUGGAAGCAGAACAGUGAGAGAACCUAGAGUUGUAGUUCAAACCACAAGUGACAUUGACAUUCUUGAUGAUGGAUAUAGAUGGAGGAAAUAUGGGCAGAAAGUGGUUAAGGGGAAUCCAAAUCCUAGGAGCUACUAUAAGUGUACAAAUCCAGGAUGUCCUGUACGAAAGCAUGUUGAGAGAGCAUCUCAUGAUCUUAGGGCAGUGAUCACAACCUAUGAGGGAAAGCACAACCAUGAUGUUCCUGCGGCUCGCGGCAGCGGCAGCAGCAACAACUCUGUGAAUAGGGCAUUGCAUGAGAACAACAAUGCAGCAAUGGCAAUACCGCUACCUAUUGUGAACCACCAUUCUAACAACUUGACAAACGCAAUUCGCCAUCAAAGGUUACCAGCAACAUCUGAAGGGGAAGCACCCUUUUCACUAGAGAUGUUUCAGAAUCCAGAGAGUUUUGCAUUCUCAGGAUUUGGUAAUCCUAUGGGGUCAUACACAAAUCAAUCAUCAACAGACAAUGUUUUUUCCAGAGCCAAAGAAGAACCAAGAGAUGACAUGUUCCUGGAAUCAUUGCUAUGCUGAAAUUUGCAGGCUUCUAGAGGAAUAGGAGGACGAUAAAAAAUCAGAAAGAAUAAGAAGGAAGGUCAAGUGCCAUUUGAUUAAUUGCAUUCUGUUUCAUUGAUUGUUGUUUGUUGUGUAUAUUUUGCAACCAAGGCAUUUAAUUUUGUAAUGUUGUAUACAUUGAUUUAGCUUAGGAAGUGCUGUUUAAUUUUUUUUUUUUUUAAAUUGUUUUGGGGCCUUUAUCACUUAAUAUUACAAGCCUCGAUUCAAUUUUGUAUCA